GGCGCGGGAAGGAGCCGCAGGGGCUGAGCGCGGCAGGUACAUGGGCCCUUCCCAGCCAAACGUGCAUCGGGAACAGUGCUGCUCUUCCCCGCCGAUGGGCCUGCGAAAUGGCCAAGGGCUGGAAAAUGAACCGUCCUGCACGGUGCUGGAAGCGCGCAGGGUUCCUCCAGUAGUACACCUCGCUUGGGCUUGUAAAGAAUUAAAAUGGGAAUUUAGGCCAACUGUGCAAAAAAUGAGCAACUGAUAAUAGUAUCCCAUAGGUAUGUAUUGCAAUUCAAAGUUAAUGUAUCUUAAAAUUAAGGAAUGAAAGUUUAUGGCAAUGCCUAAAGUUGUGAGCACCUUCAAAAUUGACUAAGACUGGCGCUGAAGUAUGUACCUCCUUCGAUGGGUUUUAAUUCUAACCAGUAGACAUUUGGGUCAGUAAUCACGUACAUAAUGUGCAGUGAUGGAAGUUAUGUGACUGGCUGGUGAGAAGUUUGUUUGAAGUAAAAACCCCAAUGAUCUUAUGGUUUUAUGGAAAAAAACCCAACAAAACCAGUUUAAAAUGUGAAACUGACACCUGUGAGUUCUGAAAUCCUGAAGAAGUGGGUGAGUGAACAUCUGUUCAAUAAAUCAACGCUGGCUUUAGCACAGCAUGCUUUGUUAAGUCUUGCCUUCCUCCCCUAUGUUUCCAGUUUAAAAUGUAACAUCAUUUUAUCUACCAUUUUUAAUUUGGUUUUGGCAUUAUUUUAUUUUAUCCAAAUGUACUUCACAAGUCAAAAGUGUAAAAUUCAGCAUCUUGUAAAUGAAAAAUCUGUAUGAUUUACAGAAGUCUCCUUUAUAUGACCAUGGAAUUGUUUUCUGCUACAGUUUUCCUCUCAGAUGUCUUGGAAUUGUUAUGUGAAUUUGCACAAGGCCUGACAUUCUUGAAAGAGGUACUUUAUGUGCCACCCUUUGAGCUCACCUGGCAGGAUUUGGGUCUUGCUCUGUUACUUGCAUGCCUGUGUAAACUGUAACUGGGACAAUCUGGAAUUUGUUAGCAAGAUGAUACAGAACCUGUCCAAGUUAUAAAUUCCACAAUAACAAAAAUUAUAACUAAUCCAGUUUGAAAAAAUUACGUGCUCUUUUUCUAAAAUACCACAGACCUGUGAUAAAUUAGGUUCUAUUCUAUUAGUUUGAGUGAGUUCCAUAUUCAUAGGCAUCCAGUAUAUUAGGAGAUGACAGACGAAAACUAAAAACCCAAAACUUUUGAUAGACAGCUGCAAUACAGCUGGUCAGAAUUGGUCAUAGUCACGGUUCUGUUUUUUGGAUAGAAUGUAGAGCAAUCUGAGAUUUUUAUCAUUCUUUCUAAAUGUCUUUGCUGCUAUCAGUGGUGGCGAGAAAAGGUCCAGAAAAAUGACCUGGCGCCAUGCACAUUCCACAAAAGCAACAUACUUGUUGCAAGAUAUAUUAGAUUUGUCCCCUAAAACUCAUUCAUUUUAAAUUUAUUGUUGUCGCAAAGCAUUAAAAAAUUGGUAAAAUAAAAUAACAUUAAUUGCAGUACAACAAAGCCUAGCUCUUCAACUUUACCCUUCUGAACUUUGUGCUUUUCCUAGGCAGGGAAGACUUCCUUCCCCCCCCGAAUGAAUUAUAAAAACGUUGCUUUAUUUAAUAUGCAAUAGUCAGUAUGAGCCUUGGACCUUUUUAAUUAUUAUUUUUAUUUUCUCUGGAAAGUCUUAACUGGCUGGACUUUUCCCUUUCUCCCUACGCUUCCCGGGAAGCGCUGUGCCCCGGGCAUGCGCACGGCGAGUGACAGCGCCGGGGCACGUGGAGCGCUGGGGCCGCGUCUGGAGGCUCGAAAGCAGGACGGGUCCUGUGCAAAGGUACCUCAGAAUUGACUUCUUCUUAAUAAAGUGACCAUACAGGCUCAAAGAAAAAUGGUCUUCUGUUUUUCAAAUAUUUGAGUUUGUUGUCUGUAACAGCAUGGCUUUCUGUGAAAAGUGAAAGAAGAAUCUUUCUGGACAAUUUAAAGCUGGCUGGUAGGAUUAGCAAAAUGCUUUGUUUGAGGCAGGUUUGCUUGCUGACACUGAGGCGUUACCAAGCUCGGGCUCUGUGUAGUGAUGUGCUUCUGAGCCAGAUAAAUGGCUGCACCCAUGAAGAUGAAGUGUUCAACCUUGUUGGAAGAAACAAGGCCAGACUUUCUGAAAAGCACGUGGGAAUUGCAUUGAACAUGCUGUGGCAGUUGCAAAAGAAGAGGCCCUUUCUCUCAAGGACUAGUGACUAUGUAAGAAAUCACUCCCAGUUUCUCGCCCUUUGCGUUUUGGCAGAAAACAAGGUGGAGCUCAUGGAAGAUGAGGUGAUAGUGGACACCUUAUAUAGCAUCCUGAGGCUCAAUGUUGAAGACCACGUUUCUCUAACAAAAGUGCUUGUUACAGAAGCAUGGAAAAGAUUAGAGAGGCUUAGCUUGCCUUGCCUGUCUAAAUUCUCUCUGUGCUUAUACAAGCAGCACAGGCACUUCAGUCCCAUAAUUGGCCAAGUAGCUCAUAUUGUGGACACGAAACUGGAUUCUAUACAGGAUAUAAGGAUCUUGUCAGUGUUGAUGAUCAGCAUAUCUGAAGUUAUCACAGAGAGUUUUCGAGAUCGAUUACUACACAAGGCUGAACAGCUCUUAGAAGAAGAGCUCGAAGUCCACUUCAACUAUGCCAGAAGAAUACUACAGUUUCUCCAAAAUGUUAAACUGAGAUAUCAUCCAGUGCUAGAAAAAUGCAACAGGAUUUUCCUUAAAAGUGCCUCCCAUCUUGAUAUACACAGUAUUAGUCAUAUUUUUGGACUGUAUGAGCAGCUGGGUUUUGGCAGUGCUGAAUUUCGCUUGAUUGCUAAACAGCUGCUAUCUGAAGCUAUAGAUGAUUAUUAUGAUCCUGAAACAUUUGCAAAAUUAUUUUUUUCUCUUGGACCUUUGGCAGGACCCAAGGUUAGAGAAAGGUUGCUGAUAACUGCAGUAAACAUGGCAGAGGAAUUUAGCAGUCACCAAAUAUUGAUGAUACUGAAAACUAUGCAGAAAAUGAAAUGCAGAAAUUCUCAUCUACUCAAAAAGAUGGCUUCUGUUCUGCACAAACACUUGGGCAGCUAUCAUGUACUACAGUUGGUGAAGUUAACGCAGUACUUGGUGGUGUUGCAUUGCCAGGAUGUGGAGCUGUUUGCCAAACUAAAAAUGUUACUAUUAGGUUAUUUGAAAUCUAGUGUGAUACCUGCUGAUACUGCAGCUGUAAUUCGUGUUCUUGCCAUGCUUCCUUCUUUCCAAGUGGAGGAAAUGAUUAUAAACAAAGCAGCAGCAGCUUUGCCUCAAUGCAGACUGCAUCAUUUGAAUUGCAUUGCUACAGCUCUUAUCAAGUGGAACCAUCAUGGCCAGUUUCACUGGCAGAACAGCUCUGAGCUGUGUGCCAAGCUUCUGCAAAAACUCAAUGACUGUGCAUUUCAGAGGCUUCAGAAAGCCAACAACUUAAAUCUUCUGCUGGAAGAGCUUCCAUAUGUGAAUGGAGAGUGGUUUGAAGAAGUCCUGAAUGAGGAAACUCUGGCCAUGUGUCAGCACUUGAUAGAUCAAAUAACAUGGGCAAAUGUUUUACCCUUGUCUUUUUUUCUCAUCAAAUCAGAGCACCGUUGUCCUGCAUUAUUUGACAGAAUAGCAUCUGUGACUGUUGAAAAUAUAGACAAGAUUCUCACCUCUGAAAUCUAUUUUAUUCUCUUCCUUUUCUCUGCUUUGAAUUAUGACCCUCCUGACAAUGAAGAAUUCUUUAAGAGUUGUAUCCAACAUCUUACUUCUAACUUGAGUCAUCUUGAAAAUUAUCACUUGGUGCUGCUUGGUCAUGUUUUGGCAAUGGCUGGGUAUUUUCCUCCAGUUCUGAUAACGACCAUAUUUAAUGUUUCUUUCCUAAGCAAACUGGAUGCUGAACUUAAAGUGCUGCCUGAUACGGUGAAGCAGAGGGUCCACUCGAGCCUCAUGAAAUUGAACAGAGCAGUCUGUCUGGAAUGCCCAGAGUUUCACAUCCCUUGGUUUCAUGAGCCAUACUGCCAACGUGUCUUUCAUAACAGCAUGAGCCAAAUAAAUGCACAGCGACAGCACAUUCACAGAAUGCUGACAGAGAUCUUAGGAGGGAGCCAUUACUCAAGAGUAUCUGUUCUCACACCGUACUACUAUGAAAUAGAUUUUGAGUGUGUCCUAGAUGUAAAUAAAAAGCCUCUUUCCUAUAUGGCUCAGAAUAUAGCUUUGGGUAGUGUGGGGGAUAUACCCUUGAGACAUGACUUCAAGGAUGAAGGGAGAAAGGCUCUGCCACCAGGAGCUCAAAGAAUUGCUUUGGAAUUUCUUGAUUCAAAAGCUUUUAGCAAAGAUUAUUCACGUCAUCUGAAAGGAGAACCUGCAGUGAAAAAGCGACACCUGGAAAUGCUGGGGUACCGAGUCGUUCAGAUUCCUCACUUCGAAUGGAAUUCCAUGGUUCUGUCAACAAAAAGUGAACAGCUGGAAUACCUGAGACAGCAGCUGUAUGGAAUACAGUGAUAUCAGACAUGCAGUCUAAAGUAUUUUUAUGAAAACAGUUUAUGUAUCAUUAAACAUCUCAUAAAAUCUC